AUGAAGCGUCCACCCCUGCCCUGGCUGUGCCGCGCUCUGCUGCUGCUGUCUGCCCGUGCAGCGGUUGCCAUGGUGAUCCCGAACGGAACACAGGUGGAGGCCAUGCUGCAGAGAUACCUGGAGAAGGAAGAGUCGUGGUGGGAAGCGAGACCGAGGGCCCGAAGGGCAAUUUCGGCGAGUGACAUGCAGCUUAUCCUGGACCUGCACAAUAAGAUGAGGGGUCAGGUGUAUCCCCCUGCCUCAAACAUGGAGUACAUGGUCUGGGACACGGAGCUGGAGCGCAGUGCGGAGGAUUGGGCUCACAGCUGCCGGUGGGAACAUGGCCCUCCUCACCUGCUUACGCAGAUUGGUCAGAACCUGGGGGCACACUGGGGCAGAGACAGGCCUCCAACCUUUCAUGUGCAGGCAUGGUAUGAUGAGGUCCGUUAUUUCAGCUACCCGUAUCCACAGGAGUGUAACCCCUACUGUCCCUACAGAUGCUCUGGACCCGUCUGCACUCACUAUACACAGCUGGUUUGGGCCACCAGCAACAAAAUCGGCUGUGCCAUCAAUGUGUGUUACAACAUGAACGUUUGGGGCAUGAUCUGGGCCAAAGCUGUUUAUCUGGUCUGCAAUUACUCUCCACCGGGGAACUGGUGGGGUCAUGCUCCAUAUAAACAUGGACACCCGUGCUCCGCCUGUCCGGCCAGCUAUGGAGGCGGCUGCAGAGACAACCUCUGCUAUAAAGACGAUGGCAGUCAGAGAUAUUAUGAUCCAGAACCGGAAGAGAGUAACUAUAUAGAGCCGGAGCGAGAGCCCGCCCGCAGUCAGGUGUCCCAUCCUGCGGAGCCUUCACCCACUCCGCCUCCCAGCCACAGCCUGGACAGGAACGACGUCUCCAGCACUGACCAAAUGUCACAGCAAGUGUCGUGCGAUACAAAAUUACGGGAUCAGUGUAAAGGAACCACCUGCAACAGGUAUGAGUGUCCAGCGGGUUGUUUAUACAGCUAUGGAAAAGUGAUCGGAUCAGGACAUUAUGAUAUGCAAUCCAGCAUUUGUGGAGCAGGUUUACACGCUGGAAUUAUAGACGAGGAUGGAGGCUGGCUGGAUAUCACGAGAGUGGGCAGAAGGCAGCGCUUUGCAAAGUCCUACAAAAACGGAGUUCAGACUCUGGCGAAAAACCACAGCGCUAAUGCCUUCACCGUAUCAAAAGUACCAGUUAAAGCCAUCACGUGUGACGUGACCGUGGCUCAAUACUGUCCUUUCAAGAAGCCUGUCAGGCAUUGUCCAAGGUUGUUUUGUCCUCGUAACUGCCUGUAUGACAGCCAUGCCCGCGUCAUUGGGACACGUUACUAUGCAGAUCGUUCAAGUAUCUGUCGGGCAGCGAUUCAUGCCGGUGUGAUUCAGAAUGAGUCUGGAGGAUACCUGGACGUGAUGCCGGUGGACAGAAGGCGGCAGUAUACUGGCUCAAACCAGAAUGGAAUUGCCUCAGAGAGCCUGCAGAAUCCCACAGGAGGCAAAGCGUUCAGAGUGUUCGCAGUCAUCUGAACACACUCCAAGGACACACAUCCAAACACAGCACUUCGUAGCGCAGCGGCCAGCAGUCACAGCGUUCGUUCACGCUGAGCCUUGUUUACGACCGAAAAGUCUUCUUAAUGGGGGGAAAAACAACACAAGAGAUUGACAUUGACUCCAUCUGGCCCCAAGAAGCGUCCACAAGUUUCUGACUUCAGCUUUUAUUUUCCUGCAUGAUGACCAUCAGA